AUGGUGAAACUUCUUUCACCAUUUGAAAAAAUAACACGCCGAAUAUGUGGAGCAACAUAUUGUACUUUAAGUCUUGUUCAUCCCUAUAUUGGAAUAUUAAAAAAGUCAUUUGAACCUAAUUAUGAAAAUGGUGAAACUUAUAAUACAUAUCUAAAUUUGGUAUAUGGAACACAAAGCGAAAAUGAUGAUGAGGAAGAAGUAGAAGAAUCUGACAGUUCAACAAGCGAAGAAGAUGAAACUCCAUCAGGUGGUUCAAGGCAGCACUGGCAAUAUGCUCAUCGCCAAUUUCGACAACAAAUGCGGUUGACCAAAGGAAAAGGGAGAAAAAAAAGUAAAGGAAGAACAAAUAAAUAUAGUCAAAAUAUUAAGAAAGGAAAUUCUGAAAAAAAUGUAGAUGAUUUUAACCAUGUAGAAUAUUUACCAACUGCUGAUACUGUUGGCCUUCUACAAAAAGUUCGGGCAGCUAUUUUUUUAUCACUUGAUGAAUUGUGGUCAACACCAUCAGAUUUAGUUCGAAUUGCAACGAUACUCGAUCCCCGCUUUAAAGAUUUUAAAUGGAACGAUACGAAUGAAGAAAAAGACGAAUCACUUAAGCUAUUACAAGUGCAAUAUGAUUCUGAAAAAAGAGAUUUUCAAGCCAGCGAUAUUAGUAUUCAACAAGCAACGCCCAUUAAUGAUUGUAAUGAUGAUGACGAUGAUUUCUUUCAAGCUUUAGAACGACAACAUGGUCCGGUCCAAGGACCUGAGUGGGACCAAGUCCCAGAAUGGUCCCAAGAUGGUUCUAUAAAUGAAUCGAUUUUUAGUAUUGCAAAAUAUACACUAAGUGAUGUUCGGAAUAGAAUUGAUAGUCACAGCUCGUGCUUCACUUUGUCAUAA